UGUAAAAAAAAAAAAAAAAAUGGCAGCAGAUACAGGAAGAUACAGGAGUGCUGUUAGCAAAAACAAAGACCCCUCUGGUCUUCUCAUCUCUGUCAUAAGGACUUUGUCCAGCAGUGAUGAUGUGCAGGAUAGAGAGACAGAGAAAGGACGUCUGGAAGAGGCCUUUGAGACAUGUGAUAGGGACUUAGAUCAGCUGAUAGUUCAGCAUUAUGCUGAACUCACCACUGCCAUCAGGACCUACCAGAGCAUCACUGAACGCAUCACCAGCUCCCGCAACACAAUCAAACAGGUGAAGGAGAACCUCUUGUCUUGUAAGAUGCUGCUCCACUGCAAAAGGGACGAGCUGAGGAAGCUGUGGAUAGAAGGCAUCGAGCACAAGCACGUCCUCCAGCUCCUGGAUGAAAUUGAAAGCAUCAAGCAAGUGCCUCAAAAGCUGGAGACCUAUAUGGCAAGCAAGCACUACCUUCAUGCCACAGAUAUGCUGGUAUCAGCUGUAGAGUCUUUAGAAGGCCCCCUGCUGCAAGUGGAGGGUCUUGGUGAUCUACGCCUGGAGCUCCACAGCAAGAAGCUCAACAUCCACCUUGUGCUUAUUGACGAGCUGCACAGACACCUCUACAUCAAGUCCACAAGUCGCCUGGGACACAAGAACAAGGACAAAAAUGCUGCUCGCCUUCCAGGAUCCACAACCAAAGACACAUCUCCGAUGCCUGUGUUAGAUGUCAGCAGUCUGUCCACUCCACGCAAGCUUUUGGAUUCAUCACAGUUCAGCACACCCGGAUCCAGCAGUGUGCAACAAGAUGUGCGAGAGUUGAACCAAUCUGACCUCCCAGAGGUAGAUCCAGAGGAAAACAGUGCUGAGUUCAUGGGUAUUCUUAUCAAGGCUCUGGCCAAGCUGAAGAAAAUACCAGAGACCAUCAAAGCCAUAAUGGAGCGGCUGGAACCUGAGCUGAAACAAAUUGUUAAGAGGUCUACCACUCAAAUUGCAGACCACGCUUACCAGAGAGGAGAGAACCUGGCUCAGGAGAGCCAGCCAAGGCUGCUGUUGGAACUGCUGGAGCUUUUGUUUGACAAGUUCAAGGCAGUGGCCCAGGCUCACAGUGUGGUGUUGGCCCAUCUGCAGAAGAUUGCGGUGCAGUGCUCGGGUGGGGCCCAUGAAGAGGGCAUCAAGCUCUACGAGCAGGCUGACGUCUCUGCCAAGAUCCAGACAGUGCUGCAGGUUCUGCUUAUGGAGUAUCUGGACGUGAAGAACAGUCGCAGCGCCACAGAGCCAUCGGCUCAGCUCUCAUAUGCCAGCACUGGCAGUGAGUUUGCUGCCUUCUUUGCUAAGAAGAAACCCCAGCGUGCCAAGCAGUCGCUCUUCAAGUUUGAAUCAUCUUCCCAUGCCAUCAGCAUGAGUGCUUACCUGAGAGAGCAGAGACGAGAACUCUACAGCAAGAGUGGAGAAUUACAAGGUGGUGCUGAUGACAACCUGAUUGAAGGGGGAGAAAUGAAGUUUGUCUGUAAACCAGGAGCGAGGAACAUCACUGUCAUCUUCCAGCCUCUUCUCAGGUUCAUUCAGGAGAUAGAAAUGAACAUGGGGCCAGGCCAAGCCAAGCAGUGCCAACUCCGAGCAUUCCUCACUUAUUACAUCAAUGACCUCUUCCUCAACCAGGUGCGAACAGAGAUCAACAAGGAAAUUGAGGCAGUGAGCAAAGCAGCUGACCCUUUGAAGAUCCUUGCCAGCGCUGAUACCAUGAAGGUUCUGGGUGUCCAGAGACCCCUGCUGCAGAGCACGGUGGUAGUGGAGAAGUCCAUCCAGGAUCUAAUGAGUCUAAUGCAGGACCUGAGUGCCUACUCCAACCAGUUCCUCGAAAUGGUCUGUGACAAACUCAAAGAGUACAAGGAAAUCUGCAACACAGCUUACAGGGGAAUAGUCCAAUGUGAGGAGAAGCUGACCAUCAGUGCUUCCUGGUCCAAAGAUGAGGACAUCAGUCGUUUGCUCCAGUCACUUCCUAAUUGGGCAAAUAUGGCCCAACCCAGACAGACCCGACAGAAGAGAGAGGAUGAAGAGGACUUUACCCGGGCGGCCUUUGCUAAAGAAUCAGAGGUGCUGACUGGGAACUUAGGAGACAAGUUAAUCCCUCAGAAUGAGAUCCUCCGUGACGUCAGUGACCUGAAGGCUCUUGCCAACCUUCAUGAGAGCAUGGAGUGGCUCGCCUGUCGCCUCAAGACAUUCUUCGCCAAUCUGCCUCAUGCCUCAAACAGCCAGGCGGUUGGUGAGAGUGAGCGGAGCAGAGAGCAGAUUCUCCAGACCCUGAGUGACCUGUCCAGGGGCUUCCAGGACAUUGCCGACCGCUGUCUCCUGGUAUUGCACUUGGAGGUCAGGGUGCAUUGUUUCCAUUACCUGAUCCCCCUGACCAAGCAAGGCAAUUAUGCCAUCGUGGCGAAUGUGGAGAGCAUGGACUACGACCCGCUGGUGGUCAAACUGAACAAGGACAUCUCAGCCAUAGAGGAGGCCAUGGGUGCCGCUCUGCAGCAGCACAAGUUUCAGUACAUCUUCGAAGGUCUGGGUCAUCUUAUCUCCUGUAUUCUGAUCAACGGGGCCCAGUAUUUUAAGAGGAUCAGUGAGUCUGGCAUCAAGAAGAUGUGCAGAAACAUCUUUGUCCUCCAACAGAACCUCACCAACAUCACCAUGUCCAGGGAGGCCGACCUCGACUUUGCCAGGCAAUAUUACGAGAUGCUGUACAACACUGCAGAUGAGCUGCUGAACCUGGUGGUGGAUCAGGGUGUUCGCUACACGGAGCUGGAGUACAUCAACGCCCUGUCCUUGCUCCAUCGCAGUCAGACAGGCGUGGGUGACCUGAGCACCCAAAACAUCCGGCUACAGAGGCUGAAGGAGAUCAUCUGUGAGCAAGCUGCCAUCAAACAGGCUACUAAGGACAAAAAGAUUACCACAGUGUAAUGAUAAAACAGGACAGGGUUCAGAGGGGUUGUAAACAUGUUUCCAUGAAAGAUGACAAUGAAAAGGGACAGCAGUUAGCUUUGCAGUCAGAUUACCUCUGUCGUACAUGUUUUUGUUUCAGCUCUUGCAGGAAUAUGUGUAGCAGAUAAGUGGCACUAGCAAGAAAUGAUGAAGCAAAAACUUGCAGGACAGAGGAUAUUUGAGAAUUGGGUUAGAAAACAAAAUAGAAGCUUGCUCUAGACUUAGUUCAUAAUGUGUGUGAAAUCUGUUGAUGAAAAAUGUGUCCUCUCCAUUUCAUCUUGCCUGAUGUGAUGAAAUGUAUUGUAUUCGAGGGCUGACACAGAUAAACUUCCAACUCUGGACCUGAAAAUAUAUAUGCACUGACUCGCUCUAAUUGGGAAGGGAGGUGACAACAAACACAACAGCAAACUUUGCAAGCCUGGUUGCCUAUGUGUCUGUGUCAUAAGGUAUUGCCAAUUUAAACUUUUUAAAAGACAUAACAAAUUCAGCAAGCAUGCGCCGACUCCAACAAUCCACCACUCACAACGACUUGAGCUGCAGAUAAAAGGCGAUUGUGUUGGACACUCACCCGAACUUAGGCCCCAUCUCAUCUCAUUUUCCUAUUAGAUCUAAACUGCUGCUCUCAAUUACACCUCUAUCUCUCCUCUCCUGGCAGCCCCGCGGGCCCACUGAUUCUGUCUGCAAUAACAGAUGCCAGAUUAGACUGUCUGAAUGAGGCCACAUCUUCCGCCUGCUGCCAAUUUGGGUUGGUCCCCAUAGAAUUUCCCUAGCUGAGAAUUGUAUCAUAUGUAUGGCUGUUAAAAAUCUGUUUAUCUGUCUUUUAUUUUUGUCUAAUAGCUUGUGCGGUAAACCUGUGUGGCCAGUGUGGAAAGUUGUGAGUUAAUUAUUUACAAAUUGGACAAAAGAGUGACUUAGUAAUGAAGCUAUUUUUUCUGAUUUCAGCUGAAGUUAGCAGGAUGCUUUUAAAUCCUUCUGUAAAACCACAGAAGGAUUUCAAAUGUUAUAUUUCAAGUCCAGCACACCGCAGUGGAAUGACUGUCACUUUUUGUGUUAAGGCAUGUAUGAGAAUAUUUUCUAUCAGUCCAGCUUUGUAAACAGAAACGAAGCAAUUGCAAAUCUUUAUUUUGUCGUCCCCGCUACAUGGGCUCAAAUCUUUAAGUGUGAAGUCAUUUAAAACUGAGCUGAACACAAAAACUCGAGAGACUAUCACAAAUCAUUCCCCUCCCUGUUUUUAGUUCAUUAACUUGGGAGAGAAGUACUUAACGAGAGGAGGAGAGGGGAAUGGGAGCCUUGUCAAUACAGCAGGCCCAGCGCUGGUUUCCCUGAAGCCCACAGAACAAUCCAUCAUAAUGACACAUAGGCUGGGAUCGAUGAGAAAACAACCGCGGAGCUGCUGAAGGGUUCGCCUACCACUCUGAAACGUACACUUGGUGUAAAAUGUAAAGUCUGCUCACUCAGCUGUUCACUUUAGAGCUACUUUUGUAAUGUUAUACAUGGGAAACUUUAAUACAAUGUUAAUUGACUGUGUCAUGUCAGCAUAUUAUCAGACUGUGCACACUCCCAAAACCCAUAAAAGUCCAGAGAGCUUAUGUUCUCCAAUACUUAUACGUAUAUUUCAGUGAACCACUCCUGCUGUUCAUGCUGUUUUAAUAAUUAAUGAAAUACGUAACAUGUAAUAAAAGUUCAUUUUUUUACUCAGAGGCCAAAUUUAGCUCAUGCACCUAUACUGCAUUUGUUUUUGCAAUAGUUGUUUUUUUUGCACAUCUGUCAGAUGAGAGUAAUUUUAAUGUCUCUGUUAAGAAUAUACAUCACUGUGUGUUCGUCUUUAACAAAUUUAAAUAUCCUCAUUGCUCCUCUGAUUGUUGAGUGUCAUCCUUUAAAUGCUCUGAAAUAUUUGUCUCCUCUAAAUUAAGCACACAUGAUUUACCAAUGCAUACACUAAUAUACUGAAUAAAAAAUAAACCA